GCAAGAUGGGGGCAAUGAAGGAGCUGUAAAAUGAGGAAUUUGUCAAUCUUGUUCGGAAUGGAGUUUUGCAACUGCUCUGCUACUGGUGUUGAAAUCCGAAAGCUGGUAUCGAUAUCAGGGUCAGAAUUUUACUACCAGUUCAACACCACUUGACAGCAGUUACAUCAGCCUGUAUAUUGUCAUCUUUUACUCAUCAGACAAUCGCUCCAAUCCCUACUUCUAUGCCAGGGGAAUGACAUGCAUGCACAAGCACCCUUGUCCUACUCUUUUAGUCGAGUGCUGCUGCCUUUUUCCGUCGAAGAGUACCAGGUGGGUCAACUCUACUCAGUCGCAGAAGCCAGCAAGAAUAACACAGGAGGUGGAGAGGGCAUUGAGGUACUCCGAAAUGAACCUUAUGAAAAGGAUGGAGAGAAGGGACAAUACACCCACAAAAUCUACCAUUUGCACAGUAAGGUUCCAGGCUUUCUGAAGAUGUUUGCCCCUGAAGGAGCGCUUGUUUUCCAUGAGAAGGCCUGGAAUGCCUAUCCAUACUGUCGCACAAUUGUAACGAAUGAGUACAUGAAAGAAGAUUUCUUCAUCAAAAUUGAAACCUGGCACAAGCCUGACAUGGGCUCUCAAGAAAAUGUUCAUGGACUGCCACCUGAUGUCUGGAACGAGGUAGAGGUCUUGCAUAUCAACAUCGGUGACCGGACACAAGUGUCUGAUGAGGAUUAUAAAGCUGAUGAGGACCCUUCCAAGUUUCGUUCUGAGAAAACUGGGCGUGGUCCACUAGGACCAGACUGGCGGAAUGAGCUACCCUCUCGGAAUGACUGGCCACAUAUGACUGCCUACAAGUUAGUCACUGUGCACUUUCGCUGGUGGGGAUUGCAGGGCCGGGUUGAGAAGUUCAUUCACAAGCAAGAGAAACGGCUUUUCACUAACUUCCACCGGCAGCUGUUUUGCUGGAUGGACCAGUGGGUGGAUCUCACCAUGGAGGACAUCCGUCGGAUGGAAGAUGAGACUCAAAAAGAGUUGGAUCAGAUGAGAAACCAGGGUUCUGUGUGCGGCAUGUCUGCCGGAGAUGAAUAGCUUUCUGUAUCAGCUGAGGAUCUGCAAGUCUCCGAAAGGCAUUAGUAAGAGGACUUUGACUGAUUGGACCUACUGCAACCUCACCCACACUCUGCUGCCAGUAACCACCUCAUAUUCAUGUGAAACAAGGCACCCACCCGCUCAUUAAAUAACGGUUCAGGGACACAGUGGACCAGUGGACACGUUACCGGGUGAAGGGGCAGUAAUUCUGAAGAUGUUCGUGACUUCAUGGAGAAAACUUUGCUAGCCAUUCUGCAUCUACAGCAUUUGGUUUACUAAUGCGGGAGCAGAGGAGGCCAAUGUCAUGCUUGGAAUGCUGUACUGUGGGUGGGGGGGCAUUGUCUUGUUUAGCACUUGAGUACAGUGGGGUGGGGGGGAGGGGGUCUUCUCUUGCAUUCCUGUAACACUGAACUUUGUAAUGUCCUGUAUGCCUUGUACAGAUGUGUCAAUCAUAUAAUCUCUCCUGGGUACCUGGCCAGCGGUUUGCAGUGGAGGAACACAUCAUAUACCCAGAUGUGGCAAGGGGGGUGGUUGUGUUCCUCUGCUGCUUGUUGACCCUUAGUCACCACAGGCCUACUGGCUUCAUAUAGUGGGGUAAAAAAAAAAAAAAAUUUGCUUGGUCUGUGAGCUGCUCCAAGCCGUCGCUGUCCUCGUAUUCAACCAACAUGGGCAUGAUGUGUACAGGGUUUGCAUUGUUUACACUUAGUGUGUUAUUUUUUUGUUUUCUUUCCUUCAAAAGAGCUUGAUCAAACCACUGAAGGCUCUUGCCUCAUUAUAGGCAGCAAAGCAUAGCAGUAUUGAGCUGUCAAUAGGGGACAAUGUGGAGGUGUGUCCCCUUGUUGUGUCCUUUUCAUUUCAGGGCCUUUUUGUGCAGGCUGAUUUGACCUCUGUGUGCCCGUUGUAUUUCGGGGGUUAUGGCUGGACAGCUCAGGGAUUGCGCCGGGCACUCGUGCAGUCUUAAGAGUGACAAAGGUGGGGUGGGAGCGUCUUUCUGCCUUGGUUUCCCCUUUUCGUUCCAAUCUCUCAUUUGCCAAACUGUUUUUUACUGAUCACUCUGCUUUUUUAACACUGUAAACAAUGUCACUGUCAAUUUUUUUUUGUUUAUUUUAUAUGUGUUCAAACAAAAAAGCUGAAUAAAACCACGGGUGCUUCUGAUGAGAAACAUUA